GACAUCUUGCAGAAGGGUUUUUCCUCACAAAUCUAUUUGUUCAUUUUAUCUUACUGGUAUCAGAGCCAGUGGGGAAGAACUCAAAAGCUUGAACUCUAAUGGCGUCAUCCACCAAAUAUCCUUAUCCUUCAACUUUGAAUGUGGGAAACUUUAUUUCCUUACGUUUGAAACAAAAUAAUUAUCUCUUGUGGCGUACCCAAAUGCUUGGCUUAGUUGAGAGUCAAGACAUGUAUGGCUUUCUUAAUGGAGAGACUCCUAUGCCAAAGCCUUGUGUCACUAGCACUGAUGAUGGUGUGACCAAAGAUCAGCCAAAUCCUGACUUUGCAGCAUGGAAACGGUCUGACCGUCUCCUUCGAGGAUGGAUAAAUGGGACUUUGAGUGAGGAGGUCGUUGGACUUGCAGUCGGUCUUGAAACGUCUGCAGAAAUAUGGAAUGCAUUAGAGGAAGCGUUUGCACACUCUUCACAAGAGCAAGAGUUUCAAUUGAAUCAAUCAAUGACGACAAUGCGCAAAGGUAAUGAUUCAAUCCACGAAUAUAUUCGUAAGUUUAAAACUACUUGUGAUGAACUUGCAGCUAUUGGGAAACUUGUGCCGAAUAAGAACAAAGUCUUCUGCCUACUUCAAGGCUUAGGCAAGGAAUAUGAAAAUUUUGUGACAACAAUGCUCAAACCUCCAUUACCUUCAUAUCAUGAACUUGUGCCACUUCUUAAGAGUCAUGAGGCCCGGACUCAACUUCAUGAUUCUAGUGCUCAAGAAGUCCCUCAAAUGGCUUUCUACAGCAAGCAAACUAAUGGGGGUCAGAAUCGACGUCGAGGUAAUGGAUAUAACCAUUUCAAUUCAAAAGGUCGUGGUUUUAUUCCAGGUGCCACAUCAAACUUCAGAAAGGAAGCCAACGAAUCAUUUCCUAGCACAGGAAAUUGGCACAGUGCACCACCAAGUCCAAAUAAGAACAAUUCAAGUUCAAGGGUGGUGGGUGAAAUCAAGAACGAAGUUGCUUGCCAAAUUUGUGGAAAAAGGAAUCAUACUGCCUUGAAAUGCUUCAACAGAUUCAAUCAUGCGUAUCAAGGUGAUCACUCUCCUACUGCUUUGGCUGCUCUAACCAUUACUGCAAAUGAUGAUGAUGAUUCAGAAUGGCAUCCUGACAAUGGAGCUUCUGGUCACAUGACUGCAAAUCCAGGUAAGUUAGGCAUUCAUCAUCAAUCUGCAUGUCCAAAGACACCAGAACAAAAUGGAGUUGCUGAGCGAAAACACCGCAAUAUUAUUGAAGACCAUGGAAUCAACAAUAAGCCACCGACCGAGUUGACUCAAUCUCAUAAUGUGAAAUCAUGCACUGGACAAUUGAAUCCAUCUCAAGAUGGCCAUCAUGAUGAUGAUUUACCUUCCAUACACGUGGAAAUGGAGACAAAUCAAAAUGGUGCUCAAAAUUCAAGCCUCCCUUCAAAUAAUUCUGAUGAUCAAUUCACGAGUUCCAACAGACCAGAAGUUGAAUUGUCUCACACUCAUAACAUGAACGAUGGGUGGAAAGCUACCAUGCAUGAAGAACUACAUGCUUUAAAAAUAAAUGAUACAUGGGAUCUUGUCCCACGGGAGGCUCACAUGAAUGUGGUAGGUUGUAAAUGGGUUUUUAAAACCAAGUUAAAACCUAAUUGGAACUUGGAUCACCUGAAAGCUCGAUUGGUUGCCAAGGGAUUUCACCAAAUUGAAGGGCUUGACUUCUUAGAAACCUUCUCUCCUGAUGUCAAACUAGCAAGCAUACGCACUAUCAUCACUACGGCAUGCAUGAAAGGUUGGACAAUUCGACAACUUGAUGUUAAGAAUGCAUUCCUCCAUGGGUAUCUUUCUGAACCAGUAUAUAUGGAGCAACCUCCUGGCUUCAUUGACUCUGUGAAUCCUUCUCAUGUGUGCCGCCUGAAGAAAGCUUUAUACGGACUUAAGCAAGCUCCAAGAGCCUGGUUUGAUCGUUGUCCUAUUACUCGUCGCUCUACAACAGGAUAUUGCACCUUCCUUGGAGGAAAUUGCAUUUCUUGGUGUGCAAAGAAGCAACCAACUGUUUCUCUUUCAAGUGCAGAAGCUGAAUAUAAAUCGAUGGCAUCUACAACAGCUAAGAUAACUUGGCUUACUUAUCUACUCCGAGAUAUUGGUAUUUACAUCCCCAAUCCACCAAUCCUCCACUGUGAUAAUAUAAGUGCCUUGCACAUGACUGUCAAUCCUGUGUUUCAUGGGCGCACAAAGCAUGUCGAGAUGGACUACCAUUUUGUUCGGGAAAAAGUAGCCUUUGGAAAUCUUGUAACUCGGUGGAUCGAGGCGGAGGAGUAUGGAAACGAAGCAGAUAGAGUGACAGCUCUUCCACCUUUCGAGGCAAUGCUCUCCAACAAAAGAAAGAUCCGAAGAGCCACGGAGGCGGCUGGACUCUCUUACACUUUCAUCUCCGCCAACUCAUUUACAGUGUACUUUGUUAACUACUUGCUCCAUCCAGAGGAGAAAGACCACCAAGUCAUCAUAUAUGGAAGUGGAGAAGCGAAAGCCGUACUAAAUUAUGAGGAAGAUGUAGCAACUUACAUAGUCAUGGCAGCAACAGAUCCGAGAGCAGCCAACCGCCUUGUUAUCAUAAGGCCUCCGGACAAUGUCGGGGGGCAAGCCGCCCCUCGCACCCCCCUGGCUCCGCCACUGUCUCAACUGGAUUUGAUUUCUUCUUGGGAGAAAAAAACUGGGAGAAACAUCCAAAGAGUUCAUGUUCCUGAGGAAGAAAUCACAAAGCAAACUGAGAAGACGACGAGAGGUAGAGAGCGAGAGAGACGAUGGGAUGACAGGCAAGCACGGGCAAGGCAGACUAUUCAGAGCAGAGGGUUUUUCGGUCACGAGAAUCAGUUUUCAACUCGAAAGGAGCAAGGAAGAAGGGAACCAUGGGGAUAUGACAGGGGAGGUUAUGCCAUUCAUAGCCCACAGAGGAAAGGGAGAGAGGGGAGCAGGUUCGAAUUUGUAAGGUUUCUAGAGGUCAGAGAUGAAUGGGAGCUGGAAAGAAGGUUAAAUGGGAUAGUGAUUGAAAGCAUGAAUCUGAGGGUGAACAGACCAAGAUACAAUGAGACCCAGAGGGUUACAAUAGAAGAAAGUAGGAAAGGAGGGAAGCUCCAACAACAUAAAAGCUAUGUGGAGGUAGCGAAAGAUGGAAAAGAGGAAAAAGAAGGUGCGGUUGAAAACAAAAGAAGAAGCCAAAUUAUCAGAAUAGACGGACAACACAAGAUGAUCAGAACAGAGGGACAGCACAAACUUCAAGCAUGGAAGACCAAGGAAAGAAGCAAUAACAGGGCAGGACUGGAACUAAAAACCUUGAAGGAAGAUGAAGAGUGGCUCCAGGAUUGCAUGGUUGGAACUGUUCACUCAAUCGAAGUGGUCCCAUUACUUCAAGAAAGAUUUUACAUGGAAGGAUAUUUUACAUGCAAGGUCCGGCCAAUGGGUGGGAAGCUUGUCCUACUGGAAGGAGGUGAUAAGGAUGAGCUAAAAGACCUGUUUAUUUCUAGACCAGUCACCAUCACAAUUAGGGGAGCUCAAUACAAAAUCAAGGUGACAGAGGAGGAAUCAACAGAGCACUUGUUUAGAUUAAAAUCAAAUUAUGCUUUUAGCAACCAUGAGGACUCGGAGGAUAGUGAGGCUUGGUCGUUGGGGAGUAAUGCACAGUCGGAGUAUGGCGAGGAAGCUUAUGGUAUUCAAGGUAGAAGCUCACACUAUGUGGAAGAACAGGAUGCAAUGAAAGCUGCAUAUGACAACGUGGCAUUUGCACGUUGGAGGGAAGAGGAAAACUUGAUGUGCUUAGAGUCCCAAGAGGCGGCCAAUGGCAGGGAUAAUAAAUGCCAAGCACAAGAAGAAGUCAGGGGAAGUCUGGAAAGGGGUGAAGAUGACGAGCUAACUCAAAGAGAAACUGAUGGGCCAAAUGAAGAUAGGCUAGCUGUAAGAAAUACCAAAAAUAGUGAAAAAGCCAUCAUGGGAGACCCCUCGGGAGGAAGGCCAGAUGGGCUGAUGGCUGAAAUGGAGGAGACCAACGAAAAUUUCUGGAAGGAAAUCGACAGUGACUUAGGGGGGACUGCUGAUUGGAUAGACAGGGCUAAUAGACAAAAUCUGAGGAGUAAGCCGAAGAGGAAGAAAGCAAGGAAAGCAAGAUUGUGCCUAGAGGUCUACAAAAUGUCAAGAAUAUGCAAGGAGGCAACGAUUCAGAAAAAAGGGAAGGGGAAGAGAAGUCACGCAUGCAGUCCGACGGAGAAACUUCCAGAUUUUUUACCGGGAUCACAAAGUUUGACAGCAGGUGCCUCAGUGGGUGAUAGCGACAUUAUGAAGAGGAACCAGAGUCUCCGAGCAAACCAGAAGCACAGAGGGAAUAAAGUGCCUGUGUACAUUGUUAAUGUGUACUCACCUUGUGAUAUAGAAGGCAAAAGACUAUUGUGGGAGGAGAUUAAAAAUGCAGUGACAACAAGCAGGGGAAAUUGGUGUGUGCUAGGGGAUUUUAAUGCAGUAAAGUCACAACAUGAAAGGGUGGGGAGUAGUGGAAAUAUAAGAGAAAUGAUGGAGUUCAAGCAGUUUAUACAUGACUCCGGUUUAGUAGAUCUACCCUUGGUUGGAAGAAAAUUCACAUGCUAUCACUCAAAUGGUACUGCUAUAAGCAGGUUGGAUAGAAUUUUGUUGUCUGAAGAAUGGUUGUUAAACUGGGAGGAUGUGACACAGUGGGGAUUAAAGAGAACAAUAUCAGAUCAUUGUCCAGUGAUAUUGAAAAAUGAGAAGGUUGAUUGGGGCCCUAAACCUUUUAGACUGUUUGAUGUGUGGAUGGAGAAACCGGGAUUCAGGGAAUUGGUGGAGGAAACUUGGCAAUUGACUGAGGUACAGGGAUGGAAAGGCUUCUGUUUAAAAGAAAAAUUGAAAAAGUUGAAGAAUGCCUUGAAAAGCUGGAGUCACAACUAUAUGGAGGAGGUUGAUCAGAAGAUAGCCAAUGCAGAACAGAUCAUAGCAGAUUUAGAUAAGAAAGGAAAGGGACAACAACUUUCAGAAGAAGAAAUAGAAGAAAGGAGGGAGGGAUUUGUAGAUCUAUGGAAAAACACAAGAAUAAAAAACAAAAUGUGGCAACAGAAAGCAAGGAGGACAUGGCUACGGGAGGGAGAUGCAAACACAGCAUUCUAUCACAAAUGCUUUCAAAACAGAAAGAGAAGGAAUGAAAUAAAUAGCAUCCUGGUCAAUGGCAGGCAGUGUGAGGAGGUAGCAGUGGUUAAAGAGGAGAUUGCAAAGCAUUUUCAAAACUUAUUCACGGAAGAAAUGUGGAGCAGACCAAAGUUGGAAAAUAUGAGUUUUGAGCAAAUCUCUGAGGCACAAAAUUGUUUCCUUACAACUCCAUUCACUGAGGAGGAGAUUAGAGCAGCAGUGUGGGAUUGUGACAGCUCAAAGGCACCAGAGCUUGAUGGUCUCAACUUCAGGUUUGUAAAAUUAUUCUGGGGGACGAUCAAAAAGGAGAUAAUGGAAUUUAUUCAAGAGUUCCAUGAUACGGGCAGGUUGGUGAAGGGUGCAAAUGAAUCUUUUGUAGUUCUAAUCCCAAAAGUCAAUGAUCCUGAAAAAAUAGAAGAAUACAGGCCUAUCUCAUUAAUCGAGGUGAUGUAUAAAAUCUUGUCAAAACUCCUAACAAACAGAUUGAGAAAGGUGUUAGAUGGAGUAAUUGGAGACACCCAAAUGGCUUUUAUUGCAGGAAGACAGUUACCAGAAAGUGUUGUGAUUGCAAAUGAAGUACUAGAUGAGGUAAAGAACAAGAAACGAAAAAGCUUCUUUUUUAAGGCAGACUUUGAAAAGGCAUAUGACAAUGUCUGUUGGAACUUCCUAGACUCAAUGAUGAACAAAAUGGGGUUUAGCAAAAAAUGGAGGGAAUGCAUCCAGGAAUGCUUGAAAACUACAUCAAUAUAUGUGCUAAUAAAUGGUAGCCCCUCACAACAAAUCAAGAUUUCAAAAGGCCUGAGACAAGGGGACCCAUUAUCCCCUUUUCUAUUUUUGUUGGUAGCAGAAGGUCUGAAUGGGUUGAUAAUGAAGGCUGUAAGCAAGGGAUUACUAGAAGGCAUUAAAGUGGGGAAGGGUGAAUUAAGCAUAUCCCAUCUACAAUUUGCAGAUGAUACCUUGAUCAUGGGGGAGGCAGAAGAAGAGAAUAUAUGGGCUAUCAAGUGUAUCAUGAGAAGUUUUGAAUUGGUGUCAGGAUUGAAGAUCAAUUAUGCGAAGAGCCAGCUAAUGGGUGUUAAUGUGGAAGAGGAAUGGUUAACCCGGAUGGCAAGCCUGUUAAAUUGCAAGAUUGGCACAAUACCUUUCAAAUAUCUGGGCACUUGGGUAGGUGGCAAUCCAAGAAACAUCAUAUUCUGGAGAGAGUUGAUUGAAUCUUUUGAGAAGAAGUUAGCAAAAUGGAAAGGCAAGUAUGUCUCGACGGGUGGCCGAAUAACUCUUAUAAACUCAGUAUUGUCUUCAUUGCCCGUGUUCCAAAUGUCGACUCAUCUUCUCCCAAAAGGGAGACAGUAUCCGGUGAACCAAAUGAGUAUAUGGGAAGAUGGCCGGUGGAGAUGGAACUUGAAGUGGAAACGAGAUCUUAGGGAGUGGGAAAAAGUGAUGGAAAAAGAGUUGUUGGAUGCAAUCACACCGAUUCAACCCAAUCAAGGAAACGAGGACAAGUGGCUUUGGAUAUUAGAUAGUAGGGCUGGCUACUCCACAAAGUCAGCAUAUCAAUUCCUGACAUCAAGGCCUCAUCGAACCAAAGAGGUACCGUAUGAAAAAAUUUGGAACCCAUUGGUACCUAACAAGAUCUGCACUAUGGUAUGGCAGCUGGUGCAGAACAAAAUUCCAACUAAAUUUGAGCUAUUCAAAAGAGGAAUUUUAAGCAACGAAAGCAUGUUGACAUGUGCUAUGAGUGAAGAAGACGUGGAAACUUCAAACCAUCUGUUUCUACAUUGUCAAAAAGCAUACAAUAUAUGGGGAAAGUGUCUAAAAUGGUGGGGAAUAUCUUCGGCACGAGCAAGCAACUGUCGAGAGGAUUUUUCUCAACAAUGGGGAAAAUUCACAGAAAACAGAGAAAGGGAAGGCUGGGUGAUUAUAUGGUUCGCAUAUGCAUGGGCCCUAUGGCUGGCUAGGAACAAUUGUGUAUUCCAUGGAAAGAAACCGAAGAUUGAAAGGGUCUACAAUCAAAUUCAAGUCAGCUCAUGGGAAUGGGUGAAAGCAAAAUGCAAGAACUGGGACGUCUCCCUCACAGAUUGGAUACUAGAGCCCAAAGAAACAUUGCCUAGUCCGGAAAACGCGCCGCCGGCAAUCCUGCACAGCAUAUUUGUGAAAGGCGAUCAAACGAGCUUUGAGCUAACUGAGGAAGAUUUGGGGGUGUCGGAGUUAUACCCUGAGUACAAGUAUACUUCAAUUGAUAGGCUUCUUGACGUGUUUUUGGUUAAGCCUCCUAGUAAGCCUAAGCUUGCAUCCUUCGGAGCGUAGAAAACUAUAAUGUUAUUUUGCCGGUGAAAAAGAUGAUUACAAUAAAGACCGUCAUGUUGUUGGAGUAGCAUGUACCAAAUGGUAGCGAGAAUCACAAUCCAGUAAUAAAAUUAUAUAUCUCGUGCACUAAUUAACGGUGCCAUUUGGGAAUUGCACAGGGCCACAAAAUGGCCUGUUUUGGGUUUGAACUUGGCCUCCAGAUUAAUUUCUCCGCACCAUGGGUGUAUUUCCACAUUAAUUUCAUUAGAUAUUAACUUGUAUAAUAUUUAUCUGAUAAAUGAAUUGAACCCGAUCUU